GGGGCUCAGCGCUGCCCGCGCCCGGGCACCCUCAAAUGAGCUGUGGGGGGAGACUCUGAGCGCCGUGGGGAGUCAGGCUCGCCAGCCCCCCGAGGUCCGAGCUGGGAUGGCCGUCCUCAAUCUCCACUGGGGCCGAGCCCGGGGGCUGGUUCGAGAGCCUGAAAGUGCCAGGGUUUGUGUGGGUUUGUAAGGGCUGUGUCCCUGCGCUGGGUGGCUGCUGCAGACAGUGGUAGGGCACCCAGGCCUGGAUGAGGAACCUGUUGCGCUAGGCGCUGUACAAACACCGAACAAAGAGACAGUGCCUUCCCCCAAGGACAUUUGGGAUGCUGCUGUGGGAGCUGAGAGUGGGGUGUGAAUGCUGGCCCUAGGACUAAGGCUUUGCUGUACCCUGGGACCUGGCACUUCAACUUAAACAGACUUGACCUUAUCUUUUCUAGUUUUUAGUACAAAGGCUGUUCAACCCUUGUAGGGGACCCUUGAUGUGACAAGAGGUUUGUGUGUAUGCAGAUAUGGAGCUGUAGUGUUAGCUGACAAUCUUCCAAAAUUGUCAGGCUCAGUUGCUAAUCGAAGCACAAAAUCUACUUCUGUUUUUAGGGUUUUAUAUUGCCUCCUCCUCCUCAUGGUAUCUGAGCACCUUCUAUGAAAAUUUCGUAGCAGUAAUUAAGUCAUUAGUGGACUUCUUGAAGUCUCUCAGGCUUAAAACUCUGCUUGGGGGAAAGAUGGGACUCAUCCAAGAUUCCUGAGUAAUAAGAAUGGGUCCAGAUGUUCCUCUCCUGAAUGAUUACAAACAGGAGUUCUUCUUGAAGCGCUUUCCACAGACCGUUUUGGGAGGUCCCCGGUUUAAAUUAGGCUAUUGUGCGCCUCCUUACAUAUAUGUGAAUCAGAUCAUUCUUUUCCUGACACCAUGGGUUUUGGGAGGAAUAGGAACACUUUUGUACCAGUUAGACAUUAUGAAAGACUAUUACACUGCAGCACUUUCAGGAGGACUAAUGCUUGUUACAGCACUUAUUCUCCAGAUGACAAAUCUGAACGCAAGACAGAAAACAGUGACAGUAGAAAGAAUGCAAAUUCAGAAUACCCUAAGGGAUGAAGAUGAGUAUGAAUUUUCCAGCUGUGUGGGUUCAGAGACAGUUAAAUUUAUUAUUUCAGGCAAGAAAUAUAUCGUCAACACUGUAUUUCAUUCGUUUCUUGCUGGGGUAAUGUGUGGGUUGGGAACUUGGUAUUUGCUGCCAAACAGAAUAACCUUGCUGUAUAGUAACAUUGGAGGAACUGUUGUGAUCUUUGUGUUUGGAUGGGUAACUAUUUGUAUAGGAGAAUAUUCUUUAAUCAUAAACACAGCUACAGAGACAGCUACUUUUCAAGCACUGGAUACUUAUGAAAUUACUGCUCUGAUGAGACCUUUCUAUAUUUUUGUCUUUAUUGCAGUGGAUCUUGCACACAGGUUUACUGUUAACAUGCCAGUUUUAGAACAGACAAACCAGAUUUUGCACAUCAUAUUUCUAUUUUUGCCAUUUUUAUGGGCAUUGGGGAUUCUGCCCCCACUUGAUGCACUUUUUCUAUGGGGAAUGGAACAAGUGUUGGAGUUUGGCCUAGGAGGUUCACCCAUGUCAAGUAAUACAAGGUUGUUAGUAAUGUUUCUCAUUUCUGCUGGAACAGCUAUAGCAUCAUAUUUCAUUCCCAGCGCUGUUGGUGUGGUCCUCUUCAUGACUGGAUUUGGGUUCAUACUCAGUCUUAACCUAAGUGAGAUUGGUCUAGCCUUCAAGCACACCAUGAUCAGCCAUUUAGCUUCCAACAAGUCUAAGUGCUCUAAGUCCAGUGAUCCUAGGAUACACUUUGGAUGGAGGGAAUUCUUUUUCUAUUUGACUGUCUUGACAUUGGCUCUUAUAGAAGCCAGCUUGCUGCAUCACUUUGCUGGUUUUUCAGCAUUUUCCAAAGCCAGUCCCCAGGCUAUAGUGAGUUACAUUCUGAUCAUAUUACUUAUAGUUAUAUGGAUUCUUAGAGAGAUUCAGGGAGUGUACUUGUUUGGAAUCUUCCGAAACCCUUUUUAUCCAAAGGAUGUCAGGACUGUGACUGUUUUCAUGGAGAUGCAAAGAAGGCUUAUGAAAGUUGGUGUUGUCAGAAGGAUUUUACUAACACUAGUGUCUCCAUUUGCUAUGAUAGCAUUUCUUUCAUUAGACAGUUCCCUACAAGGUCUUCAUUCUGUAUCUGUUUGCAUUGGAUUCACCAGAACCUUUAGAAUGGUUUGGCAAAAUACAGAGAAUGCCCUGUUGGAGAUGGUGAUUGUAUCGAUAGUGCAGAUGUUGCUAUUUAAUACUGAUGUGUGGUGGAACAGAAGCCUUGAUACAGGAAUCAGACUCUUACUGGCUGGUGUCAUUCGGGAUCGAUUACUUCAGUUGAUCUCAAAACUGCAGUUUGCUGUAGCUGUUCUCUUGACAUCAUGGACAGAGAAAAAGCAACGUCGGAAAUCUACUGCAACCUUAAUAACACUCAACAUUGUUUUCUUCCCAAUUGUACUGGCCUUCAUAGCUGUCUCUGCACUACUUUCUUCCCCCAUGCUGCCGCUCUUCACUCUACCAAUAUUUUUGAUUGGGUUUCCUAGACCUAUCCGAAGCUGGCCUGGACCUGUGGGUGCAACAGCAUGUGUUUGUUCAGAUACCAUGUACUAUCAGCAGGUGGUUCCAAGUCUGGCCACUGCACUGCAGUCUGCACUAGCAUCAGGUAGUCUAGGUCUCUCUUUACCUGGAUCACACUUCUUGUGCCGUUUUCAGGACAGACUGAUGUGGAUAUUAGUACUAGAAAGAGGCUUCACAUACUGCUGUGUUAAUAUUAAGGGGCUAGAAUUGCAGGAAACUUCCUGCCACACUGCUGAAGCACACAGAGUGGAUGAAGUUUUUGAAAUGGCCUUUGAACACCAGGAGCAUGCAGAGACUUUCUCUCUCAAUCAUCAUUUUGGAAACAUUUUAACCCCUUGUACCACUCUACCUGUGAGACUGUAUUCUGAUGCCAGGAAUGUCUUGUCUGGGAUCAUUGAUUCACAUGAGAACUUAAAGCAACUGAAAGAUGAUUUCCUUAAAGUGCUUGUAUGGAUACUUGUCCGGUACUGCUAUAAAAAAUCAAAAAUGUGUGAGAAGCUGGACAAAACAACCAAGAACGAAGAAGGGUCAUUUCCAUUAACCCAGCCCAAUGCAUUUGACAGUGCAGUAGAAAAGCCCAGGCCCAUAAAGGAUGAAGAUAGCUUUAGUGUAGAUACAAUUGCGGAUUGGACCGAUGAUAGUGAUCUUUUUGAUCUUGAGCCCAGCAGAACAAGAGAAAGAAAAGAGACCUUGGUGCAGCUUCCAAUGGCUCGAACACUUUUGUCUGUUCCAGGGUCAGUAGAAAUGGAGAGCGCAGUUGGCGCUCUGCAGGAGACAGCCCCUGAAGAUAAACUCUACAAAGCUGUUGUGCUUGGCCUCCCUGCUGUAGACAAAGGAAAGAAGCAGGAAGUUGUAAACUUGCCUUUAGUUGCGUUUAGCUGCUCCUACUCUGAGUUGCUAAGCAUACCCGAAGAGUGGAGAACUGCACCCAUACCUACUUCCAAACUCAAUGAGAUGAGGCAGAGGUUUCCAGAAGACUGGUACCAUUUUGUUUUGAGUCAACUGGAUUUUUUUCAUUUGAAAGAAAAACCUUCCAAUUUACUUGAUGACAUAACUAAAGACAAAGCUUUGAAAGAGUUGUACGUCCAUGGUGUAUUGUCUUGUUGUUUUGGUUUGUUUGGACUAGACAAUACAGUUCCUGCUCCUAGUCAUGUAUUUAGAGCAUACACUGGUGGCAUCCCCUGGUGUGUUGGUUUGGAUUGGCUAACUGGAAAACCAGAGCUGUUCCAACUAGCACUGAAAGCAUUCAGAUAUACGUUUAAGCUCAUGGUUGACAAAGCAAGCCUGGGUCCAGUAGAGAACUUCGAAGAGCUGAUUAACUAUCUGGAAGAAUAUGAAAGUGACUGGUACAUUGGUUUAGUAUCAGAUAUUGAGUGGCAACAAGCAGUUUUGCAGGAAAAGCCAUACCUUUUUUCUUUGGGACAUGAUCCUAACAUGGGAGUUUACACUGGGAGAGUGCUUACCCUUCAGGAAUUGUUAGUGCAGGUUGGGAAGCUCAACGACGAAGCUGUCCGAGGUCAAUGGGCAAAUCUUUCAUGGGAGCUGCUGUAUGCUACCAAUGAUGAUGAAGAACGCUACAGUAUACAAGCUCACCCAAUCCUUCUGAGAAACCUUACUGUGCAAGCAGCAGACCCACCGCUUGGCUACCCAGUUUAUUCAUCUGCAUCUCUCCAUGUGCCUUUGUUGUAGGCUGUUGAUUUGUAAGGUGUGUUUUUUGUAUUUCCUAUCUGUAAGUAGGAAACCAAACACUAAUGCUGCAUUUGUACAACUAGAAAUAUGAAGAUCUCAUUGAGUGGCAUUGGAUGGCAGUUGCCAAACCAAGGAAACCUAAUUUGCACAGACAAGGUGCUAGCUGGAGGCAAGAACUUUAGAAUCUGUUUUUGCAGUGCUGGAACUACUUAAACCCCAUUCCCUGUGUGGCUGCCACAUGUCUUGAUCUCCACUUCAGAGAACAGACCACUUAGCUCUUGGCCACUAACUGUGGUGGUGCUUUUUUUUUUUUUAAUAGCUUGACGGGGUGACUUGCAUUUGUAGGCAGGUUACAGCUCAUUGUAGUAUAGUGAACUGUAUUGUUAUUAACCAAAGUGUAACAUAUGAAUAUUUAUAUGAAAUUUUUUAUUCUGAUUUUAUAUAUUGAUGUAUUUUGAUAUUUUAGAACUUGUUAUAAUGUAUAAUUUUAUAUCAUUUUUUUUAAUGUAAUAUUACCUGCUGCCCUUUCACAAAGGAAGCCUUGAAGUGUUCUAUAGAAAGGCACACUAGCUACUCCAGGCUUUCCCCUGCCCUAGUGUAAACAAACCAUUAUAGGGGCUGUAUGCAGGCAGAGGGGUAGUUCAGAAUGCAGGGAGAAGGGUAACUAGGGGCUGUGUGCCAGGAGGGCUCCCCCUUGCAGUCCCUGUGCCUCUCCCCCUGCAGCUCCCUCCCAACUCCGCCCCCAGCUUUAGCCCCAUAGAGGGCAAUAGGGCACUGGACUUCAGCCCUAAGGCCCUGUGGCCUCUAGACUCCUGAUUGAGAACUGCUACUUUGCUGGACAAUCUAGGUGUGUAAAGCUAUUUCACUUGAAUCUCUUUGACUGCUCAAGCCCUUCAGCAGGGCAGUCAGACUCCUCCACUUUCCUGCGUACUAACAGGAAGGAGAUCUCCUAGCAGGAGUUUCUGACUUGGUGUCCAAGACAGCUGAGGCAUUUAGAACUAUUCACCCUAACUACCUGAGUAGACUACUAAAAGGAGAGAGGACUCAGCUGACAAUUACCCCUCCCUGAUGUAGAGAGGGGAAGUGCCUUCCCCUAAACAACGCAGGGCUAUGGGGAAAGCCACGAGCCUGCUGCAUCCCCUCCUAUCCAGACUAAUCAGAUGUGUGCACAAGUUAUCCAGCCCCAGAGCUGCCCUUCCAGAGCAGCCCCUACAAGCAAUAAACACUCUUCCCCUUCAUGCAUUGGUUGACAUUGGUCCUGAAUGUCAGCCCAGGGUGCAACCAGUGGCUAGGGACUUUAGGCUCCGGGAAGGGAAGAAUCUGGGCUGGUGGGUGGGGUCUGUAAGGUGUGAGAAUGGUGGAAACAAGAUCAAGUAGCUUAUUGGGUAAAUUCAUGGCAGCGGAAAGAUCACAAUAGGGUUCCUGUCCUCCUACCAUAGUUUUUAUAAACCUAAAGAAUGACUUUAUAGAAGGCCCUGCAAAAGUAAAGCAGAUAUGUUUAGAGACAUGCUUUUAUUCAAUAAAUGUUCUUACAAUGACAUUAGGUUGCAGUUGUCAGAUUACAUGAUAGCAAAAAAAGUAAGGAAUAAUUAAAAAAGGCCUUAACUUGCAAAGAUGAACAGAGGACAGAACACUCCCCCAGGUACAGUUACUAGUUUGGUUUAGUGGGGUUUUGUGCAGGUUUCUCCUCAAGCUUUCUUCUUUUGAGAGUAGGAGACAUCAGCAUCCUGUAAUAAUGAGAACACAACACCUUUUAACCAAUGUUUUCCUCCAUUUUCUAUUUCAUUUAGAUUUGGAAAUCCUUCACACAAGACAGAGUUAAAAAAAAUCUCAUUCUACUUGUAUUAGUAUGUGAUCAGAUACUGACAAUACCGUUGUGCAGGAGGACAGCUUUAAGUGUGCACAUGAAACUUUUGCUGCUUGGCUUUAGAGUGCUUAAUACAGGUUUUUCUGCCUAAAAUGAGGCUUUUGUCUCAGACACAGCUUAAAGUAUGUGACACAAGCCCUACUUGCAAGGAAGUGAGAGACUGUCAGCCUGUCUGAAUUUCAAAUAUAUUGCUCAAGUCACUUUAAAUAUUAUAGUAGUGACAGAGAAUAGUGCAGGCCAGGUCUAUAGCAGCUGCUCAGUAUCCAGCUCUGAACCUACAUUUCUGCAGUGCAGACUAGAUACAUUUGAGGUGAAAUGUUUUGUCAUAAGCAUACUAACUUCACUGUUCUGCUGCUUGAACAGCAAUAACCCAUGGGGCUGUAUAUUCUCAUGUAGUGUACAAAUGUGGUACCAAGCAGGGAGGAAGAUGAACAGCAGACCCAGAAUGCAGCCUACAUUGAUGGCUAAAGUCUCUCUACAGAGCGAGGAAAGGAUAUACAAAAACACCCGCUUAGGAAUGGCUUACCACUCCACACUUGAAGUUUUGUAUUCUUAUUUUGCCCAUCUUGUUCAUAAGCCACCAUGCCCAGGUGGGUGCAUAUUGCCAAAGGUAGCAGACUGCUAGAUAUGGGUGAUCGCUGAUCCAGGCUUCUUUCAGAUCAUUUACCAUGCUGACCAAUGUAAGCCGAACGCAGCGAUCCGUUGGCAUUUUGUGGGAUUGAUCACCAGUGUUUUCUAGUGACUGGGAAGAAAAGAGGAAUGAUGAAAUGCUACAGAACUUCUGCAUUGAGAAAAUUACUUCGUUCCCCCAUCUUUGGAUUUCCUGUGUACCCAUCAUCAGAGCAUUUAAGCAAUAUAUACAUAAUUUAAAACAAAAUUUCUACCUCAGUGCUGUUCUCCCUUCUUCCCUCAUUUAUGCUGCAUCCUUAAGGGGGAGUUAUACUUUGGUUUUAAAUGGAUCACAGCUCACUGCAUAUGUAUCCCUAAGGAUAAUAAAAUCAAGUCUCUUGUGGCUUCUGGCAAAGUAGGCUGGCCAGAGGACCAGUCUCUAUUUAUUUUAGAUGAAUAGUGUAGGACUUUGGGUAAAUGAAGCCUAUAUAAUGCCCCAUGGGCCCAAAGCCCCACCCAAGCAGCUAGAUGUGUGUGCUAAGGAGAAGUAAUUUUCCUCCAAAGGCUACAGCUGCUCUACCAGGCUACUUCAUCCCAACAGCUACCUGGCCCUGUGUCGUACUAAUGCAUGGCAGUGGGCUGAAAGAUGUGCAUAGCAACCUUGGGCCUAUACCUGCUACUGUCAGAAAAGAGAACGACUGAACUGGGCUCCAUGCAGAGUGUAUGCACUUGCUACACAUUCAGACAUUUCAGCCUCUCUUCCACACAGCAGAACCACAUGGAUUCUUCUCGGGGGGGGGGGGGUCUGCUCCAGCCCCCUCAUACUAGAAUAUUAUUCUUGUAUUGAUUUCUGAGUGGGAACAGCUUCAUUUAAGAGUCAUGAAUAAGUAAAGCACACUAAUCUUUUUUUAUGCCAUCUCCCUUUAUGGUGGCUUUUAAGCUGAGACAUUGUGCUCAUAAAUUAAGCCUCCAAUCACUGAGAAGAAGUCAGUUCAGGUGUUAGACAACUUGAUAUUGCAGGGCUGAAUAAAACUGGAUUUACUGGUAUUGAAGUCAGAGGUCAGCAGUCCCACCACCCUGCAGGCUUGAGGACUAGAAUUCUAAAGAAGCUAGUGUGAAUUGUGUUGAUGUGCCAGUGGAGGCUUCCACUGCUGGCAGGAGCCUUGCCUUACAUAGUUUCAGCAAAUAGAAAGCAGGAGAUGCUCUUGACCAGGAUAUUAUAGCUGUUCUAGUUCAUUUAAGAUGUGUUGAAUCUGGCUGUGAUGAAGGUGAAAGAUGUGUAUUAUAUGUACACUUGUUUUGAGUGUCCUUUGUGAGACCCUCUUAGCCCUAGGCCUACCUUCCCAAAAAGGAACUCCACACCACUGAGCCCCAUGUUCACAUCAAGGACACUUCCCUGUCAAAAAGCCCAACCAGAAUGCUUUGCAAUCUUACAUGCUAAUGCUAUGAUAAGUAUUUAAAUUUUACCAGCCUUUGAACCAUUCUUUCCCAUUCAACCCAAUUAGGUCCAAAAUGUGACAUACUUAAACAUGGUUUAUAAUUUGGUAUAAUAUAAGAGCACAUACUACAUUUUAGAGUGGAUAUUUAUGUUUACUAUACUGCAACUGAGAAAUUAAGUACUCUGCACCAUUAGGUGGUCCACGGCACCAGGCUUCGCUGCAGCAGAAGCUGUUGGUAAUAGUCUGCUUUCCGAUUCCAGGAGUGAAAAGGACCCUGGGGCAGGCUGCUAAGGAAAACACUCCCUGAUUGAUUGGUUUUGGAGGGAGGCAGGACCAGACUUCUUUUCCCCAGGCAUCUGAGAAAUUUUUUAUUUUUAAGACUCAAAUGAAGGUUUUGCUCUCAGUAGGGUUUUAAUAAAAUAAAUAGCUUUAGACACAAUGUUUUAUUUUUUGUGAAAAUACAGUUACACAAACACCUGCCAGAACCUGGCUCGAAUGUACAGGAGGAGAGGUGGACUGUUCCCCACAUGGCAUGGAAUUACCCUAGGUAUUAUGUUUGCUAGGUAGUUUGUAGACAACAACAAAAAAAUGUUUACCAAUUUCA